AUGCUCGCGCUGCUCGCAGUCGGCCUACUUUCUGUUUACCUUCUAAACCGGGCGUACAUCGUUAUUCAGGGUCAACUGAGUCAUGACAAGUGUCUUCCGCGGCUUGUAACCACAAUUCAGCCAAUGUCGGCUUUGGGUGCUCUGCUCCCCAGGUCCGCAUUUCACCGCGGGCUUGGCUUCCCGUGGUGGGAGAGGAACACAUUGUACAAGAAUGCAAAUUUGAAGGCAGUCACUGUAAUACCAUUCUUCUAUGGGCGGGAUAUACUUUAUACCUCAAGCCUGUCGGUCUUUCAUCAAUGUCUGGCAUUCAACUCGCCUUUCAAGAAACCCGACAUGGGAGUGCUAGAAAUUAUGGGUGACAAUGUUGUCACAACGGAAGGUGAGGCGUGGAAGAAACACAGACGCAUCACUGGACCGGCUUUCAACCACGCUACGUAUCGGAACGUAUGGGAAACGGUUGCAAGGGUCUAUGAAGACAUGCUGAAUCAAGAAGGCUGGAGACAUGUCGAUGAGACUCCUGCUGCAAACUUUAACCAAGUUACGCACAAGCUUGCACUCUUCCUCAUUGCGAUCGUGGGCUUCAACAUACCCAUGUCCUGGUAUGAACCUCCACGCGACGAGAAUGGACGUCUCUCCGUACAGGCCAUGGUCUUCGAGGUUGCGUCCUACAUACUUCAUCGCAGUCAACUUCCCAAAUGGUCGUAUUCUCUUGGUUUCAAAAAAUUGAAGGAAAUUGAUGAGGCAUAUACUGUAUUCGAGCGCUUCAUGUAUGAACGUAUCGGUGAACGUGAGGCUCAACUGAAAAAGAUACGAGCGAUGGAGGGAAGUACAGACGAAGAUAUUGCAGAUAACAUCAAAGAUGUUUUCGGCAGACUUGUUAAUGCACGUCUUGCGGAUGGCAAAUACGCUUUAUCUGAUGAAGAAAUUAUUGGAAAUUGCUUUGUUUUCACUUUCGCAGGUCAUGAAACAACUGCAAACACGCUUGUAAUGACGCUAUCCCUCCUUGCUUUGCAUCCCGACAAGCAGGACUGGGUUUAUAGCUCAAUUAAAGCCGUCAUUGGUGAUAGGACACCGACGUUUGAUGAUUACGAUGAACUGAGUGCUGUGCUUGGGUGCUUCUUUGAAGGACUGCGGAUGUACCCUGCUGCAUACAUGUUGGCGAGGGUAGCUUCUCGAGACUGUACACUUUCACUGCCCCGUAGGGAUAAUCCAGAUGUUGUGGAACAGAUAUUCGUCAAGAAAGGGACCCCAGUUAAUCUUGACCUGAUAGGGAUGCUCUACGACCCUCAGACUUUCCCAGACCCAGAACAGUUCAAGCCAGAACGAUGGGUUAAAUCCGGAAAACCCACUUCCGCAUCCUCGAUAACGAAAGAUACAGAUGCCGGUGAAGUAUCCGGUUCUGCACCAGCAAGUACACUCGACGGUUUCGUUGGGUUCUCUUUCGGCCCACGUACCUGCCUCGGACACAAGUUCGCGAAAGUUGAAGGAGUUGCGUUCCUCACAUUAUUACUCUGCGAAUGGCGUGUCGAACUUGCUUUGAAGGAUGGAGAGACGAAGGAGAUGUGGAAGGAGAGGGUAAUGAAUCCUUCGUUAGCGAUGACGUUGACCGUUGGUGAAGUACCUUUGAAGCUCGUAAGGAGGAAGUAA